AUGUCUGCUCAGCCCCUCCGCAUUGUUAUGGCCUGUGACGAGGCCGGUGUCCCCUACAAGGACGCCAUCAAGGCCGUCCUGGAGAAGCACGAAGGUGUUGCCUCCAUCACCGAUGUCGGUGUCAACACCUCCGACGAUAAGACCGCCUACCCCCACCCCGCCGUCGAGGGUGCCAAGCUCAUCAAGGAGGGCAAGGCUGACCGCGGCCUCUUCAUCUGCGGUACCGGUCUCGGUGUCGCCAUCGCUGCCAACAAGGUGCCCGGUAUUCGCGCCGUCACUGCCCACGACCCCUUCUCCGUCGAGCGCUCCAUCCUGAGCAACGACGCCCAGGUCCUCUGCAUGGGUCAGCGUGUUAUCGGUGUCGAGCUGGCCAAGAAGCUCGCUGUCGACUGGUUGCAGUACCGCUUCGACCCCAAGAGCGGCUCUGCUGCUAAGGUGCAGGCCAUCUCUGACUACGAGACCCAGUUCGCCGGCCAGGCUUAA